AUGACGCUCCCAAAUGACUCGCAAAGGCGCUUCGUCAAGCAUGUCGUGCGCCGCGCCACCAUAGUCGCCAGAGCUGCCGCUACCGCUUCCGCCUCGGCCGCGCAGAAUCCCAAAAAGCCCAAUGCCAUUGCAAGGGAACAAACAUCGAGUCUCAAGGCAUCUGCCGUCGCCAUCUUGCUCGGAAGCUUUCUCGGCGUUUUCCUUCUUUUCGUCCUUGUCGGCAUCACUUGCAAAUACGCUAAUCGUCCACGUUCCGAUACUCGCCCACAUGGUCAUGCAAAGGCCAUGUAUCAACCUUCAGCAGCAGGCUACGGCUCCGCGGCAGCUGGCUAUAGCGCUGCUGCUUCUAUGCAGGAUGUUUCCAGUCCCAAUGUCGGCCUUCUCGACUCGGCUCAGCCUAUGGGUCGUGGUGGUCCCCACGAUGACGGCGAUGACUCACUCGGCAGCUCCAACGCCACACCCCCAGCUCACGCCGCACUAGGUGCCAUCGGUACUUUCGGCAUGAUUCCAAGCAACAGUGCGGGCAGUUUCAGUGGCGAUGACUCGCGCCGCUUCGGCCCAGCGCGUACCAAUGGCCACGCACGAGGUGCCAGCAGCGGCAUCGAACUUCCAGGCCCAGCAGCAUCCGCCACUUUCCGACGCAACGUCAGCGGAUCGCAUCCACCCAUUCCACCGCAUUCCGACGACUCGUACGACUCACCACAGCCAGGAUACGCAGUCGCCUCGGGCUCCAUCUUGCCCGACGGCUCCGGCUUCACUCCAGGGCAACUCUUUGACCACAAUGCCAUCAACGGCGGCGCACCCAAAGCAUCGUCCGAGAUGCGCGAACACCGCUCCAGCUACCUUCGAGGCGAUCCAGGCGUGCUUCCUCGUAGAGCCAGCUUGGUGCGAGAUCAAGCACAACAGCGAUCCUAUCUGCGCGGUCCGCCUCCUUCAAGCUCCAAAAAUCGCCGAUCGCGCUAUCAUCAGAACCAGCCUUCCACCGACUCAUCGGCUAUGCGACGCAGUAGAAUCGAUAGCGUCGGACCGGGCACCUACCGCAAGUCGAUGUUCUUGCCGGAAGGCGAAUCAGCUGAAUUCGCCAACGGAUCGCAAAUACGCCGGACCACGUCUAGGAACAAUGAUGGCUCCGAUCCCAAGCCUCUGCGGCGUGUCGAAAGUAUCGGCAAAGGCGAAGCCAGAAGGGCUAGUCGCUACACUCCCACUAAUGGUUCCAGCAGAAAUCCGGCCAGCGUAAUGCCAGAGGACUACCACAUGCCACCAGCAGCACAUCGCGAUGGAGGCAGCUCCAACGGUUCUGUCAGCCCGCUCGGUCCUCUUGGACCCAACGAUGCAACGUACACAAUGGAGCAACAACAACAGCAGCAGCAGCAGUACGUAAGUGGAGACGGCGUCAGGAUGCCCUAUGGAGCAGGAUUUGGAGGGCCGACGCCACGACCAAGUCUACCAACCACACAGAUCUCUUCGCCAAGUCUAUUUGCUUCAGCAGCGCCGCUGGGUGCUGGGCUUGGAGGAGGGAUGCAGCCAACCUCUUAUGCCGCGUCACGGCAGAUUUUCUAG